UCUCGGCAUUCUCUAGUGUGGUCCACAGUGGCUUCCUCAUCUCACUUACACUUGAGGUUUAUAGCUGGAGGGGAAGUCAAUAGUAAAUAUUUAUCACCCCGACCAAGAACAGAACUUUUCAGAAUUCAAACAGAAGGACGUACACCUCUCUUCAGAAACAGUUUCAUAACUAUGUAAUUUAAAAUACAAAGUUUGAGGGUGAGCCAGUUCUGCACGUCAGAGAAGCUGGGAGCAGAAAAAAAGCAAGAUGAAUGCGUCUGGAGGAAGCUGUGGGAGCCCUAGUUCUGCAGAACCUACAGGAGAUUUCUUCAAAGAACUGUGGUCCAAACUGAAAGAAUGUCAUGAUAAAGAAGUACAAGGCUUACAGCUGAAAAUAUCUAAGUUGAAGAAGGAAAGAUGCUUGGAUGCAGAGAGGCUUGAAGAGUUCUAUACCAAGAACCAACAGCUCAGAGAACAGCAAAAAGCACUUCAUGACACUAUCAAGGUUUUAGAAGACAGAUUAAGAGCGGGGUUGUGUGAUCGUUGUGCUGUAACUGAAGAACACAUGAGAAAGAAGCAGCAAGAAUUUGAAAAUAUCCGGCAGCAGAAUCUCAAACUUAUUACUGAGCUUAUGAAUGAAAAAAACAACUUACAGGAUGAGAAUAAAAAGUUAACUGAACAGUUCCAGCAAUUGCAGAAGGAGCUAGAGGUGCAAAAGCAGCAAGUAGCAGAGGCAGAAGAAGGAGUCAUUCCAGGUUCUCCAGUUCAAACAUCUUCAUUUUCUGUGGUUAAUCGUAUGAGAAGAAAAAAAGAGAAUAGGCAUAUCCGAUAUACAGAACAUACACCCCCAGAUUUGGAACUUAGGGAAAACAACAGUGAGUUUGGAAAAAUUCCAGUCUUUUCCACACAAGUGAACACUCACCAUGGAGGAGAGAUACUAGUGGCAGACACUUGUGAUCCACAACUGUCCCCUGUGCCAAAUAAACUAAGGGUGGGAGGAUACCCUGUUCCAAAGCCAUCUUUUAACUUGGCUGCAGUCGUCGCAGAAACAAUUGGACUUAGUGUUGAAGAGGAAUCUGAGUCCCAGAGUGUACUGAAUCUUCCCCUCACUAAUACAGUUAUGAACCAGGCCUCAGAGAGCAUGCAGUCUGAAGACUCAAGAAAACAUCCGGCUUCUGAAUCAAGAAAUGAUGACAACAAUUUAGGUAUUUCAGAUCCAUCUCAUAACACACCACCACAUGAUGACUGGGAUUCUCGGGUAGCUUCUCCUGUUUUUGGAGCUUCUAGCACCAUGAAGAGCAACUCAAGUACAGUUCAUGCUCCUUGUAUUUUAGAUUCAGGAUUGAAGCCUCAUCUCAAAACCAACCUCUUCAACAAUCCAUCCAGUUCCAGAUCUCAUAAAAGUAGAUCAAAAUCUGAAGAUGUUGCUUUUGUUGCACCGCUGAAUCUUGGGACAGAAAUCAACUCAGUUAUCAGCCAGACCUCUGUCCAUAGGCAAAUGGUUGUGAAAAAGAAUUCUAAUGAGGUUGUAACCUGUGCUGGAAACACCUGCACAGCUAAAAAUGAGGUGAUCAAGAGCGAUAUCCUCCUUGUAUAUCAGAAGCAGCUAGAAGGCAGGUGUGCUAAGAGAAAGAAAGCUGAAGAUGAUCUUGCAGUUAGCUGUGAGAAAACAUCAUUCAGCAAAGAGAACUUUGUUCAGCAGGUUAAUGGGGAACAUCCAGGUGAUAAGCCCUUGGAUCUGUCUGAUCCCUUCUCUGGAGUUCGUGGUGAAGAGAAAAAACAAGGAAGUGAGGAGACAUACAAAAAUAGACUGAAACAAGUGACUCUGCAUGACAUCUUUUCACAUAUAGGGAAGACUGUUCCUGAAGGUUCAUCAUCCAUUCAAAAUGCCAACAAUGAGAGCUGUUUGUUUGGCAGACAUUUACAAGAGGAAUCCUAUGUACAAGAGGCAAUGCUGGGAAAAAUGUUCCCUGACAGGAAAAAUCAGAUCCCAGUGAAAGAAGAAGUUCCUCCCUUCAAAUUUGCACCACUGCCAGGUUCUGCAGAGACAGAGGAACUUUUUGAUAAUGUAAAGGUUGCCAGUGGCCAUGUACCAAAUAGAAAGAAAACAAGGACAGGACAUGGAGAGUCUGAACCAGCAUCUGUACUUCAGCCAAACCCUUGUAGACUAUCAAAAAGUAAAGCACAGCAAAAUGAGCAAGACCUGAAAGAUAAACCCUCUUUAGAAAACUUCCAGUGGAGCAUAGACCCAGGAGCUGACCUUUCACAGUACAAAAUGGACAUUACUGUGAUUGAUACAAAGGGUGGUUCUCAGACUGGAGUUGGAGGGGAAGUUGUUGAUAUGGAUUAUACAUAUGUUAGUGACAGUGUGCUAUUGGAAAUGAAAAGUCAAGAGCAAAAUCAGGAAAGCAGUCCUCGAGGAGAAAUAACAGAUAUAUUUGAUCGGACAACCAAUGAAGAAUAUGAAUCCUGCCUACCAGAAGAUAAUCAUUCUGCAUGUGAUGAAAAAGAAACUCUUCAUGAUGAAGAGCAGGAUAAGGGAAUAACAGCAGCGAGCAAGAAACUGAAGAAACAUGAGGAUAAACAAGAUAAAGCCAAGCAGAAAGCUUUUGUGGAGCCUUAUUUCAAAAGUGAUGAGAGAAAGAAUACUGUGUUAGAUUUUCCUCAUAUUGAGGUUAUUCGAAAAAAAGAAGAAAGAAGAAAAUUGCUUGGCCACACUUGUAAGGAAUGUGAAAUAUAUUAUGCAGACAUUCCAGAAGAAGAGAGAGAGAAGAAACUGGCUUCCUGUUCAAGACACAGAUUUCGCUAUAUUCCUCCAAAUACCCCUGAAAAUUUCUGGGAGGUUGGAUUUCCUUCCACCCAAACCUGUGUGGAAAGAGGAUACAUUAAAGAGGAUCUUGCUCCCUGUCAACGUCCAAAAAGGCGUCAGCCUUAUGCUGUAAUGUUUUCUCCAAAAGGCAAAGAGCAGAAGACAUAAAGGAUGGGGAAGUAAGGAGCGACAGCCUGAAGUGCAUUUUUCCUGUCCGUAGAUAUUUAUAGUUAAUACAAACUUGAAAUAAAGAACUAUGUGUUCCACAAUGAUAGAUACAUUGUUUAAUUGAAUAUGUACAUUUUAUAAAAUUCAUUUGCAAGUCCGAGGUACCAGGAAACAAAACUAUUUAAUGUAUGUUUGUUUCAUAUUGUGUUAAUACAUUUUGUAUUUGUUUUUGCACCUGUCAGACAAGUUUCCUACUUUUUUUUUCUUUGAGGCCAGCAGCUGAAAUUCCAGCAAUUCCUGUGUAAACUUUGUGUCAGUGAGUAACUGCUUUGAAGUCACUGAAAUCAGUUGUUCUUGCAAGAGUAAAUGUCUGUCAAUGGGAACAGAAAUGACAAUUUUCUACAGUGAUUUUAUUUUGCUCUGGAUUUUCUUAUAUUUCUUUUCUCAUGUUUCUCAUGGUUAUAUCUUUUUGGAAUAAAGCUGUAUUAAAUAUGAAAUGUA